AUGAACAGCACACCCCCCACGUCUCCCUUUACUGGCCCCUCCGAUGGCGUCUUUCCGUCUACAAGUAAGAACAUUGCUUAUCAUCAACCGCAAAAACGUAAUGCUACCUCUACGUACUCGCACCUGGUCUCACCAGUAGAGGAAUCAACUGCGAAAUUUAGCGAAGCUUUCCAAAUCACUUAUUCUGAUAAAGAUUCAGAAGCGGCCUCAGAAACGUACCUUAAGAGCGAUUUGGAUAUGUUAUUUGCAACCCCUCGGUUCUAUUCCACAGAAAAUUUAGCUGAUAUGUUCCAUCUCUCUAAGACUGUUCCUUCCUCAGAAUUUCUAAACGAAUUUUUGAUGAGCAUGCUACUCGCCCCACAGAUGGAUUUUUUAUCGAACCCAGAUUAUAUUCUUCCGUCCAAUAAACUGGUCGGCCAGGGUAGUUAUUCGUAUGUGUACACAAUAUCAUCAACCAUAUCGUCGGCGUCGAGCAAGGAUCUGCCCUUUGUUUUAAAGUUCGCCAAAUCACAACACAAGAGCAAAGUGGUUUUGCAGGAAGCUCUGACACUUGCGUAUCUUCAAUAUGUGAGUCCGUCAACUAGUGACAGCCAUAUCAUUCCUUUUUAUGGACUGACGUACAUUAACAAGUCACAUUUUAGAAGGUUGAGAUCUAAUGAGCGUGUCCCAGGUAUCAUUCUUCCGAAAUGCGAAAUGAACUUGUAUGAUUUCAAUUCAACGGUGUCAGACAAACUAUCUCCCAUAGGAAAGAAAGAAAUAUGGCAGAAGUUGCUGAUACAGAUGGUGAAUGCAUUAAGAACUUUGAAAAGGAACGGUAUAAUACAUGGCGACAUAAAAACAGCAAAUAUUCUUUUAACAACAAAACCAACCCUUAAUGAAGGUUACUCCAACAAUUUUGACUUUUAUUUGGCAGAUUUCACUUCAGCAUUCCACAUCAACCAGCUGCCUACUGACCUGAACACUACAGUAGAGUACUGUGCUCCAGAGCUUAUUGAUAGCUCUUUCGACCACGUUUCAACUUUUGAGACGGACUUGUAUGCUGUGGGACUUUGUCUUCUGUCAUUCAUCUCCCAACAUGAACCCUAUAACGAAAUUCAAUCAUUAGUGUCGCACGGAUCCUCCCCUGGUAUUGGCAGCUCAUCCAUACAGCAGUCCCAAUGGUUGAUAAAUGCCCUUUUGAAAAGAGAUCCCAUAAAUUUAAAUGUGUUGAGAAACGACUUAUUUCAAGACUGGAGAUUGGAGUUAGCACUCCUGUCCAAAAUUUUGGUUGAGAGAAUUUCAUUGGAGAAUCUCAUAACUAUACUUGAAAAGGACUAUGUAUGA